AUGGGUGACUACAAUUUGGAAUUUGAGAGAAUUUCAGAUUAUAGAGAUGAGUUGUUAAGAUCAAAUUCAGGUAGUACAUGUGUAGUGAAGCUUCAUGAUGAAACAUUUGAAGAUGGUAGAAAAAUGUUUCAAGGUUUCUACAUAUGUUUUGAUGCAAUGAAGAAGUCCUUCCUAGCUGGUUGUAGGAAGUGCAUUGGUUUGGAUGGAUGUUUUUUAAAAGGAGUGACAAAAGGGCAGUUAUUAGUUGUUGUGUGUAAAGAUAGUAACAAUCAAAUGUUGCCACUGGCAUGGGCAGUGGUUGAGAUUGGAAACAAUACCACUUGGAGUUGGUUCAUCAGGAUUGUAAAACAAGAUCUUCAGCUGGGAGAUGGGACAGAUUUGACAGUGAUAACAGACAUGCAAAAGGGAUUAGAAAUUGCUGUAACUGAAUAUUUACCAAAUGUUGAACAUAGAAUGUGUGCAAGGCAUGUCCUUGCAAACUGGUCAAAAGAUGCUAUAUGUAGAGGUAUUAAGAAGAAAAAAUAUUUUUGGAGGUAUGCAAGAUUUACCUUUGAGGCUGAGCUUAGGGAAAACAUUAGCUCUAUGAAGAUGUUAGGGGGAGAAGAAAUACUAGAUAAGUUGAUGUAUUUUAAUCCAGAGAGAUGGAUCAAGGUUUACUUUAGCUUUGGAAUAAAGUGUGAUGUUGUAGACAACAACAUGGCAGAAUGUUUUAAUGCAUGGAUUUUAGGAGCUAGGCAUAAGACUAUAAUUACAAUAUUAGAGGAGAUAAGGGUAAAAAUGAUGAAAAGAGUGGGACAUAUGAGGGAUUUUUAUGAAACUUGGAUCAGUGACAUUUCUCCAAUGGCUAUGAAAGUGCUAAAUGAUAAUACAAUAAAGUCGAUGAAGUGCAACAUAGAAUGA